CUUCUACUUCUACUUCAUCAUAAUUAUGUUCUUUAAUACCGUCGAUGGCAUUGAGUCUCAACCACCAUCCUCCUCCUUCUCCUUACAACCAUGUCGUCAGUUCCAAUUUUUGGAGAUUCAGCAAGCAACCAACGACUUUGACGAAUCAUUAGUAAUUGGGCAUGGGGGAUUUGGAAAAGUUUACAAAGGUAAUAUUGUCAAUGGAUCAGAUAUUGUCGUUGCUGCCAUUAAAAGGUACGAUACCAUGUCCUAUCAAGGAGCAGCUGAGUUUCGAACCGAAGUUAGAAUGCUUUCUAGGCUGAGGCAUAAUAAUAUUGUGUCUUUGAUUGGUUAUUGUAAUUAUGAAAACGAGAUGAACCUUGUCUAUGAAUAUAUGCCCAAUGGAGCACUUCACGAUCAUCUCCAUAUACUUGGUACCCCUCUUUCUUGGCUUCAGCGACUCAAGAUCUGUAUAGGUGUCGCUCGUGGAUUACAGUACCUUCACACUGGUGAAGGGAUUAAGGGUGGGGUCAUGCAUCGCGAUGUCAAGAGCUCAAAUAUUCUGCUACAAGAAAGUUGGGAAGCUAAAAUUACAGACUUUGGGUUGUCGAAAGUAGACCCAACGAAUCAAUCAAAGCCUUAUCUCAGCACAAGUGUUAAAGGCACUUUUGGCUAUAUGGAUCCUGAUUAUUACAACAAUGGAAGGCUGACAAGGAAAUCCGAUGUGUCCCAGGGUGAUUCAAAGCCAUCAAGUAGUACCAAGGGCAACAAUAGAAGUGCCGAUAAUCCUGAUAUCUUUCUGGACACGAGAAAAGUUCCUGCAGAUUACAAAAAUCAAAGUUUAAAAGAACUUAAGUUUGUUGAUUUGAAAAAUGCUACAAGUAACUCUAGUCCAAAGCUGCGGUUGGGUGAAGAAGGUUUGGGAGAAGUGUUCUUAGGUUGGGUCGACAAGAACACGUUUGCCCCUUCAACACAUGGUGUGGGGAAAGGCUCAGCCAACCAGGUCUUCAAGGAUGUGUCAAAUGGCAGGUGCCCUCCUUUUCUGGGGCAUGUUAUUUCCUAUCUAUUGUUGAUGAUUGUAACAAGGAGAGAUAAUUUUGAAGCAAGGGGGAGACCUUGCGUCUUUGUUGGAUACCCACAUGGGCAAAAGGGGUACCGUGUCUAUGAGUUUGACCCCAUCGAAAAAAGGAUCAUGGUUUCUGGAGACACCAAAUUUGUGGAAGGUAACUACCCUUUUAAGGACAUUAAAACAGGACCACACCCACAAAAUGAAGAUGAAAUAUCCAGAAUGGAUACAUCUGUUAAAGAAGAUCCAUGUGGUAGUAACCUAGAUGAAUCACAUCGUGAACCUACUUGUGAUCAGUCAGACAACGAGCCAAAUCAAAACCUUACGCCCGAGGAGAUGGAUGGCAGAGUAUCGAAUGAACAAAAUGAAUCCGUUGAUGAGACAAAAGCAAACGUUUGA